AUUCGGCAUUGUCCACUGGUGUGCGUUUUGGAUUUCUUUUUACCUUUUUUUUUUUUGGACCUGUUACAGUUUCCACGGCGCAAACAACUCUGGAGCUUUCUGUGCGAUUGGUUUCUUUAAUUUAUUAGUGAGAGAUUCAGUUAUUUGGGGGUAGCUGGAAUGGCUACUUUACCAGGAACAAUUCCUCGAAUGAUGCGACCAGCACCUGGCCAGAACUACCCACGAACCGGAUUCCCGUUAGAAGUCUCAACGCCUCUGGGUCAAGGUCGAGUGAACCAGCUCGGUGGAGUUUUCAUCAACGGAAGGCCACUGCCAAAUCAUAUUCGACACAAAAUAGUGGAAAUGGCCCAUCACGGCAUCCGACCCUGUGUGAUCUCCAGACAGCUGCGGGUCUCACACGGCUGCGUGUCCAAAAUCCUCUGUCGCUACCAGGAGACCGGUUCCAUCCGUCCGGGAGCGAUAGGUGGAAGUAAACCGAGGCAAGUAUCAACGCCCGACGUUGAGAAGAGAAUUGAGGAAUACAAACGCGAGAAUCCAGGGAUGUUCAGCUGGGAAAUCCGGGAUAAGUUGCUGAAGGACGGGGUGUGUGACAGAGGCACGGUUCCUUCAGGUGAGGCCUCUUCCGUUAGCUCCAUUAGUCGGGUUUUGAGAGCUCGUUUUGGCAAGAAAGAUGACGACGACGAGUGCGAUAAAAAAGAUGAAGACGGAGAAAAGAAAACCAAGCACAGCAUCGAUGGGAUUCUCGGGGAUAAAGGUAACCGUACAGAUGAUGGCUCGGAAGUGGAGUCAGAGCCAGAUCUGCCCCUGAAAAGGAAACAGAGACGCAGCCGUACCACCUUCACAGCAGAGCAGCUGGAGGAGCUCGAGAAGGCCUUUGAGAGGACGCACUACCCUGACAUCUACACUAGAGAGGAGCUUGCACAGAGGACCAAACUGACCGAGGCUCGUGUACAGGUGGGAUACGCUCACUCGCACAGAUACUUACUGAUGCGAAUAGGUAUCACCGUCUCGAUUUGUGUUUCAGAUGGCAGCAGUACAUUGCACCGGCCGCAGCCUCUGCCGCCUUCCUCCAUGCACCAGGGCGGACUUCCGGCUGACAGUAGCUCCGCCUACGGCCUCUCAUCCAACCGCCACACCUUCUCCAGCUAUUCAGAGACUUUUAUGAGCCCGUCAGCUACAAGCAACCACAUGAAUCCCGUGAGCAACGGCCUUUCGCCACAGGUGAUGAGUAUUUUGAGUAACCCCAGCGCCGUCCCAUCCCAGCCUCAGCACGAUUUCUCCAUCUCUCCUCUCCACGGCAGUCUGGAGGCGUCUAACCCCAUCUCAGCGAGCUGCAGCCAGCGUUCAGACCCCAUCAAGAGUGUGGACAGUCUGGCCUCCUCUCAGUCCUACUGUCCCCCCACAUACAGCGCCACCAGCUACAGCAUGGACCCCGUCACUGCUGGAUACCAGUACAGCCAGUACGGCCAGACCGCUGUGGACUAUCUGGCCAAGAACGUGAGUCUAUCGACUCAGAGAAGGAUGAAGCUGGGCGAUCAUUCGGCGGUGCUGGGACUUCUGCAGGUGGAGACGGGACAGGCUUACUGAGUCCGAUCACUACACACACACCUUCACACGCUCUCAGAUGCACAAACACCUCCUCCAAACAGCUGGAGCUCUUCAGUGCAUCCGCCGGCACGAGCGUGAGAGGCUUUUACUCUGAUUCUCAAGACAAGAAACUCUUGCCAUUCCAUUUGACGUGACCUUCUCGUGAUUCUGGGCUUGUCUUGUACCUCUAACUCGGACAAGAGGACCAUGCAACGGCUGCAGGCACGUCGACGGACGCAAGGACGCAUUCCGAGCCAUUUCCAAAACGUACUUUCACCUCGCUGUGCAUAGUCGUGUAUGAAUCUCUGUGUCAUUACAAUGGAUAAUCUCGCUUGUUUUCUAUCGAUAUUGUUAUUACAGUUGUUGUAAUUAUGAUUAUCGUAACUAUUGUUUCGUUUCGUUUUUUCAAGAUCCACACGUAGCAUUUUUUACUAAUUCAAACCC